AUGGAUGGUGAAAUUGAAGAGGUGUAUGUUCGUGCGGUGCUCGAGCUGACCGGGGUGCUCGUGGAGCUGAUGGAACUGACGGAACUGGUGGUUGUCUCCGGCAAGACAGGCAGGGAGGAUGAAAUAGACAUACGCGAGCUAGUUGAUCGAACUGGUAUGGUCCACAUGCUGCUAGGAUGGCUGGAAGAUUCUGAAGUUGCCGAAAUAGGAAAGUCCCCCGUUGAGCUUGAUAGAACCGAGGUUGUUGGAGUUAGAGUCGAAGUUGUGGACUCCGACAUAAGUGUUGUUGUUGUAGAGCUGGAAUUCGAUAUUAUGUUGUCCUGCUUUUUUGUCGACAGCUUAGUCGUUGUCAGAGUCACGGUUACCGCGGUUGGGUUCUGCGUUGACGAUGAGAAGUCAGGCACGGUAGUAGUUGCGGUGCUGGAAUCAGGUCCGGGGCCAGAUAUCGUGUAG